AUGUUUCUUAACCAUUAUUUUCGUUUGCUUCGCGCAAUUUAUAAGUUACUGCGUCACUCUAAUAACAUGUCAUCGGAUGGAACCCAAAAGCCAUCUGAAGAUAACAAAAAGCUACCCGAGGACAUCAAAAAGUCAUCCUCGUCUAGAGUCAAUUUUAUGAUUCAAGAAGCUUCUAAACUUGAAGUUUCUGGCAUUUCACAAUUGUAUAAUUGUGUUCGACAACGUAUGAUGGAUGUUGGUUUAUUAGAGGAUAAUCGAAAUCUUAGAAAUACCAUUGAUGCUCCAUGGUUAGAUGAUGAAGCUAUUCAAUUAAAAUUAUCUUAUCAAGAAGCAAUUACACUUUGGACAACAUGGCCAACAUCUUUAUGUGCUGAAAGAAUUAAAUUAAUACGUAAACAAUUCAAUGAUAAAUUAAUUGAUUUACGUCAAAAAUGGGAAGAGAAAAUUAAUAAUUGUCGUAUUAUGGAUCAUAGAACUGCUGAAAAAGCUUUAAAAUUAAAUGCAACACAAUAUAAAGAAUUAUUAUUGUUUACAUCUGGUCAAGAACAACAACAACAACAAAAUAAUGCUCCACCAUAUUGUUCAAUGCCUGCUUCUUCUUCAAACAAGAGAUCCCAUCACAAUUAUCAUCCAUAUGAUUUGAAUCAAAAUCAUCAUUAUCAUCGUCAACGUCAUCAUCAUUAUCAAGAUUCGUUAAAUAUUCCACGGACUAUGAUGAAACCAUCUGAUCGUCAACCAUUUAGUUAUUAUAUUCCAAAUGAUGUCCAUAUGACACCUCAAGAUAAUCGACGUAUUCAUGA